CCUCAUUGUGAAAGCCAACCAGCAGCGCUUCCAGCAUGGCCAGCAUCUCCGUUUGGGAGAAGGUUUGGCAAGAGGUUCGCUCCGGGCUGGUCAGUUCGGUUGGCGCAGAGGCUGCACUUUUCCCGUUGGACACUAUCAAGCUGCAGCAGCAGGUUUAUGGAGGAACAGCUGCCUCCGUUCUGACGCGCCUGCUGAAGCAGAAGGGCUUGCGGGGCGUGUACCAGGGGCUCAUAGGGCGUCUCAUUCAGACCAUCACCUCAAACGUCGGCUUCUUCGUGUGGCAAACUGUCUUCAUGCAGCUGAGUUUGCGUAGGAUACAAACUCACGAGCCUGGUCGAGAGAAGCUUGGGACAGUUGCCGCGCUGAUCGUCAACAUGCUGGCACAGCAGUUCAACCGCCUUUUGACAACUCCUUUCGAUGUGGUGGCCAGCGUGAACCAGGCUGACCCAAAGUCAAAGGGCUUCUUCCACACCUUUUACCGAAUGGCAAGAGAAGGUGGUGCCGCUGAUUUGUGGCGAGGGCUCCCUGUUGCCUUGCUGCUCUCCUUGAAUCCAGCUCUGAUGUUCACUCUGGUUGGAAAGCUCUCUGAUUUCGUCAAGGCCAUCCGUCACACUCCAGCAAACUCCUUCUUGGGCUCAUCAGAUGUGUUUUGGAUCUCAGGCGUCUCCAAAGCUGUAGCAACUCUUCUGACGUAUCCGUUGAUUCGUGCGAAGGCCGUCAUCCAGACAACAGGUGGCGAUCAUUUGGGCCUUUGGGGCAUGUUGGCAGACAUUGUCAAGAAGGAUGGGUGGCUCGCCCUGUACCAAGGAGUCUGGAUCAUGAGCUACAAGACCGUCCUCUUCAAUUCCAUGAUGAUGGCUCUCAAGCAAAAAGUCUCUCUUUUGAUGAUGCAGUGGGAUAGGCUCACAGAUCGGAAGAGGAGACAAGCUGCGCUGGCUGACCUCGAAGGGCACAAAUUCCGAAAGAGUGUCUCUCCCUGUUGCAGCUGCGAGAUGCCAUGGGAGGCAGCUGCACGUGGUGAGACAGUUGUUUACGUGGAUGGAUCCUGGUGUUUCUUGCAUGAUGCCCAGGCUCACAUACUGCGAGAAGGUCAGCGGCAAGCAGAUCACCUGAUUAUCGGAGUGCACAGUGAUGAGUGCCAUCAAGAGUCGGUUGGAACAUGGCCAGCCGAGUGCUAUGCGGCACGCCUUGGGCGUCUUCGCAGGAAGCCUUGGGCAGCAACGAUUUUGGAGAACGCGCCCUGGAAGGUUUCUUCUGAGAUGAUCCAGGAGCUUGGCAUCAACAAGGUGCUCGGUGGAUCUGUGACAAAAAUCGAGGACUGCACCGGCGGCAAGGAUGCUUCUGGGGCACGAACGACCUCACCACAAACUGCAGAAAGGCCAGCGUAUGACAAGGUCACUGCAGAUCCAUAUGCUGAAUGCAAAAGGCAAGGAAUCUUUGAGGAAGUGCCAUCGCUCAAUGCCGCUACGGAGCAUGAUGAAUGGAUGCGCAAGGUAAUGAAAGUGGCUUUCUCGAACGUGGAUGCUUCCAUUGACUGGCGGAUUCUGGUUUCAGACGGCCAGAGAUCUCGGUUUGGAUCUAAUCCCGGUUACCGGGAUGAAUUGCCAAAAGCUGAGCUUAGAAGACAACGAUCGUUUUGACCACAUCUUUGGAGUCUGGUUGGUCUUGCCUUCCUGCGA